AUGACGGACGUGCCCGCCUACCAGCCGUGGCGCGACCCGCUGGCCAAGUCGGAGGCGUUUGGCCAGCUGGAGGCGAUGAUGCAGGAGCGCAUCAUCUUCAUCGACGGCGCCAUGGGCACCAUGAUCCAGCGCUACAAGCUGCAGGAGGAGGACUUCCGCGGCGAGCGGUACAAGAGCCAUGAGCAUGAGCUCAAGGGCAACAACGAUUUGCUGGUGCUGACUCGGCCCGACGUGAUUGAGGAGAUCCACACUGCGUACCUCACCGGCGGCGCCGACAUCAUUGAAACCAACACCUUCAAUGGCACCACCAUCUCGCAGGCCGACUACCAGCUAGACCAGGUGGAGGAGGUUGCCCUGAUCAACCGUACGGCAGCACAGCUUGCCAAGAAGGCCACAGCCGCCUACAUGGCGGCCAACCCGGGCAGCCGCAAGUUUGUGGCGGGCGCCAUUGGCCCCACCAACAAGACGCUCAGCGUGUCCCCCAGCGUGGAGAACCCCGCCCUGCGUGGCGUGACGUACGAUGAGAUUGAGCAGGCCUACUAUGAGCAGGCGCGGGCGCUGUACGAGGGAGGCGUGGACAUGUACCUGGUUGAGACCAUCUUUGACACGGGCAACGCCAAGGCAGCCAUCUACGCUUUGGAGCGCUUCUUUGAAGAGCAGGGCGUGCGCAUCCCUGUGUUCAUCAGCGGCACCAUCGUGGACAACUCUGGGCGCACGCUGAGCGGUCAGACCAACGAGGCGUUUUGGAACAGCGUCAGCCACGCCAAGCCGUUGGCCAUUGGGCUGAACUGCGCGCUGGGUGCCAGCGACAUGAAGCAGUACAUUGCCAACCUGUCUGCCUGCGCCGACUGCUACGUGUUCUGCUACCCCAAUGCGGGCCUGCCCAACGCCAUGGGCGGCUACGACCAGCGCGGGCCAGACAUGGCAGAGGACAUCCGCCCCUUCUGCGAGGAGGGCCUGGUGAAUGCCAUUGGCGGCUGCUGCGGCACCACACCCGAGCACAUUGCUGCGAUCCGGGAGAUGGCAUCUGCCUACCCGCCCCGGCAGCUGCAUGAUGUUCCACAGCUUCUGCGGCUGAGCGGGCUGGAGCCGCUCAACUACCAGCCCAACCCUGACAACAUGCGGGAGACGUUCCUGAUGAUUGGAGAGCGCUGCAAUGUGGCGGGGUCCAUCAUUUACAAGAAGGCGAUUGUGGAUGGCGACUAUGACAAGGCCGUGUCCAUUGCCCUCUCCCAGGUCAAUGCCGGGGCCCACGUGCUUGACAUCAACAUGGACGACGGCCUGAUUGACGGCGUGCCCGCCAUGACGCGCUUUGUCAACCUGCUGGUGUCGGACCCGGAGGCCAGCCGCGUGCCCUUCAUGGUCGACUCCUCCAAGUUCUUCAUCAUCGAGGCAGGCCUCAAGUGCUGCCAGGGCAAGUGCAUUGUCAACUCCAUCUCUCUGAAAGAGGGAGAGGACAAGUUCAGGGAGCAGGCACGCAUUGUGAAGCGUCACGGCGCUGCUGUGGUGGUGAUGGCGUUUGAUGAGGAAGGGCAGGCGGCAGACUGUGCCAACAAGGUGCGCAUCUGCCAGCGUGCUUACCGCAUUCUGGUGGAGGAAGUUGGGUUCAACCCUCAAGAUAUCAUCUUCGAUCCCAACAUCCUCACUGUGGGCACCGGCAUGGCGGAACACAACAAUUAUGCCGUCGAUUUCAUUCGUGGCACACGGGAGAUCAAGCGGCUGUGCCCGGGUGCCAAGAUCAGCGGCGGCGUGUCCAACAUUGCAUUUUCCUUCCGCGGCAACGAGCCGGUGCGGCGCGCCUUCCACAGCGCCUUCCUGCACCACGCCUGCAAGGCGGGCAUGGACAUGGGCAUCGUGAAUGCCACGCAGGUCCAGGCGGAUGUGUAUGAGAAGAUUGACAAGGAGCUGCUGGAGUUUGUGGAGGAUGUGCUGCUCAACCGCUGCGAGAAUGCCACGGAGCGCAUGCUUGAGUAUGCAGCCACCCUUGAGCCCAAGUGCAAGCCCACUGACGUGAAGAGGAAGGGGCAGGGCGUGGCGCAGAACGGUGGGCCCAAGCAGGACGAGUGGCGGGAGGCCAGCGUGGAGAAGCGGCUGGAGUAUGCCCUCAUCAAGGGCAUCGACAAGUUUGUGGUGGCGGACACGGAGGAGGCGCGGGUGAGCGGCCGCUACCCGCGCCCCCUCAACGUCAUCGAGGGCCCCCUCAUGGACGGCAUGAACGUGGUGGGGGACCUGUUUGGGGCGGGCAAGAUGUUCCUGCCGCAGGUCAUCAAGUCGGCGCGCGUGAUGAAGCGCGCCGUGGGCCACCUCAUCCCCUACAUCGAGGAGGAGAAGGCGCGCAACGGGCAGACCGGGGACGACAACGCGGGCGUCAUCAUCAUGGCCACCGUCAAGGGCGAUGUGCACGACAUCGGCAAGAACAUCGUGGGCGUGGUGCUGGGCUGCAACAACUUCAAGGUCAUCGACAUGGGCGUGAUGUGCCCCUGGGAGAAGAUCCUGGACGCCGCCGUGGAGCACAAUGCCGACAUCAUCGGCCUGUCUGGCCUCAUCACCCCCUCCCUGGACGAAAUGGUCACCGUGGCGAAGCGCAUGGAGGAGCGCGGCCUGCGCCUGCCGCUGCUCAUCGGCGGCGCCACCACCUCCAAGAUGCACACGGCGGUGAAGAUCGAGCCGCAGUACAGCGGGCCGGUGGUGUACGUGCUGGACGCCUCGCGCAGCGUGCCCGUGGCGCAGUCCCUCCUGGACGCGCGGCAGAAGGAGGAGUUUGUGGAAGACAUCAGGGAGCAGUACUCUGAGAUGCGGGAGGAGUUUUAUGCGGGGCUGGAGGACCGCAAGUAUGUGACCCUGCAGGAGGCGCAGAGGAAGGGGCUGCAGGUGGACUGGAGCGCGCCGGAGAAUGCGCCGGUACGGCCCAGGCAGCUGGGCACGCAGGCGUACCUGGACAUGCCUAUUGAAGAGCUGCUGCCGUACAUCGACUGGAACCCUUUCUUCCAGGUGUGGCAGCUGCGGGGGCGCUACCCCAACCGAGGCUACCCCAAGAUCUUCAACGACGAGGCGGUGGGCGGGGAGGCCAGGAAGCUGUUUGAUGAGGCGCAGGCCAUGCUGCAGGACAUCAUCGCCGGCAAGAAGCUGCGCAUCGUGGGCAUCGUGGGCAUCUUCCCCGCCAACUCGGUGGGCGACGACAUAGAGGUGUACACCGACGAGAGCAGGGCGCAGGUGGCCGCCCGCUUCCACGGCCUGCGGCAGCAGGCGGAGAAGGACGGCGACGAGCCGUACUACUGCCUGUCCGACUUUGUGGCACCUCGCUCCACAGGCACCGUGGACUACCUGGGCAUGUUUGCCAACUCGGCCAUGGGGGUGGAGGCGAUGACCGAGGUGUUCAAGGCGGAGGGGGAUGACUACUCCUACAUCAUGGCCGAGGCGCUGGCUGACCGGCUGGCAGAGGCCGCGGCAGAGCGGCUGCACGAGCUGGUGCGGCGGGAGGUGUGGGGGUAUGCCGCGGACGAGGCGCUGUCGGUGGACGACAUGCUCAAGGUGAAGUACCGCGGCAUCCGCCCCGCCGCGGGAUACCCCUCCCAGCCCGACCACACCGAGAAGCGCACGAUGUGGGAGCUGAUGCGGGUGGAGCAACAGGUGGGCAGCUCCCUGACUGAGUCCAUGGCCAUGCUGCCAGCCGCCUCUGUGUCAGGCCUCUACUUUGCCUCCCCCGCCGCCCAGUACUUUGCUGUGGGCAAGAUCACGCAAGACCAGGUGGCCGACUAUGCGGCCCGCAAGAAGAUGGACCUGGCAGAGGCGCAGCGCUGGCUGCGCCCCAUGCUCAACUACGAACCCUGA